GCGGAGGGCGCGGAGCGGUGCGCGGGCGCGGGGCGCGGGGGCGGCGCGGCGCCGGGCCAGCAGCGCUACCUGCACUUCGUGCGCGACGCCGUCUACGCCCACUUCGUCAAGCAUUUUGUUAAGCUCUUUGUUAAGCGUUUUGCCUGCGCUCGUGUGCAGAAGGACGAGGCGUGCUGCUGGCGCUGCAAGACUUGCGGGCCGUUCGAAGUGCGCACAGACGAGUUCCACUGCGCGGCGUGCUCCAGGGGCGAGCGCGCUGCCCCCGCCUCGGCGCUGCUGCCCCCUCGCUGCGAGCCCAUUCCCGAGCAGUUCAUCGACUACGCCGACCCCUGGGCCAUCGCCGCCAUGGCCGUCGCCAGCAUCGGCAUCUUGGUGACGGUGAUCGUGGCGCUCAUCUUUUGGACGUACAGCGAGACGCCGGUGAUCAAGGCGUCGGGGCGCGAGCUGAGCCUGCUGCUGCUGCUGGGCACGCUGCUCUCCUUCUGCGUGACGUUCGUGGUGGUGGCGCGGCCCUCGCCGGCCACGUGCGGCCUGUCGCGUUUCUUCCUGGGCUUCUGCUACACGCUAUACACGAGCCCGAAAUCGCAGCUGCUCAUAACGGCAGGGCUGACGUCGGUUGAAGUCGUGAUAAACCUGUCGUGGCUGCUGUACGUACCCCCUCAAGUGACUCACGUAUUCCCAACGCGAGAAGAGAGGUUUUUGAUAUGUGAGGGCCUAAACGACCACUCGUACAUGGUUAGCCUCUUGUAUCCAUUUGUCCUUAUCGGUUUCUGCACUGCGUAUGCAAUUAAAACAAGAAAAUGCCCAGGUGGUUUCAACGAAACGAAGCACAUCGGCUUCACAAAUUACACAGCAAUCAUUAUUUGGCUUGCUUUCGUACCCCUGUACAUUGCCUCCACCAGCCAUUCAAUUCGGAUUGUUACUCUUGCAAUUUCAUUGUCUCUCAGUGGACUUGUACAGCUCGGUUGCCUGUUCUUUCCUAAAAUGUACAUCGUUUUAUUCAAACCAGAGAAAAAUACGAAAGAAGUAGUCAUGUCCCAACAUAGAAGUUCCUCACUGGCAGCAACUCCCACAAAUCUUACACCCGUCGUGGUUCUAAAUGGAGGCAGUAUGCAGUACCUUCCAAACACAGAAGUGCCAAAGACAAGUGUAAAGGACAGUCCGAGCAUCGAGUUGAGUAAUUCCAGAGGCAGUCCUUCUCCAAGCUUAUGGAGGUCGAGGCAGUCGCUGAGAGAGGGUCGUUGCAGCACACCGGCACUGGAGCCCCAGUCCCCGGACUCCAAGGGCGGGGAUCAGUUCUCUAUGGACCAGCUGCCGACUCCGACUUCGCCAGAACGGCGAGCGAUGUGAACAGACAAAGCAACUCAGCCACUCAACCGUAAACUAUUUGCUCAUAGUAGUCCUUUGUUACCCUGCGAGUAAGAAAAGUUUUACUUGAUAUCCCGCAUCGGAAACAAUGAGUGUAAAUAUGAAGAAAUGUACAGAACUAUUUUUAUAUUUUGUUUUAUGAGUUAGUUUUAACUCGGUUUGUAUAUUUUGUUACUUUAAGUUCGAAUUACAAGACAUUGUUACAAUGAAUAAAAUGACAAUAUUUUAUGAGCUCUUAUUAGGAUUGACUUGUGUUGAAGUUUUGUGUUAUCAUACUGUAUGGAACGUUAGUAAAGGUAAAAUUAGAGAAUCUAGUUACUAUAUUGUAAAGAGUUACCCGCCGUUGUAAAAUAUGUGCCAAAGUUUACGUAAUGUUUAAUGUUUUCUUUUACGUACAGAAAAUAGUACUAGGCAAAGUCAAGCAUGUUGUUUCAAAGAAUCUAAAUUUGGUUUUCCUUUAUCUCAAUGUUCGCGAAGUGCACUCAUAAGCCCACAUCGAAGUAAAUGAUUAUCCACACUCCCUCAAGGACAAUUUAACUUAUAAUUUUUUUCUGGAUAUCACUUUUCUUGCGUUCGAAAUUGCAAGAAUAUGCCUCAUUCAUGAACACAAUUUAUUUUAUUUUCUUGAAAUGUUAUUAUAACAUUGAAUUUCUAUCACACGUUUAUGUCCAUCAGUCUUCGUAAAAUAAAUAGGUAUAUUGUAAAGAAGUAUUUUUCGGUGACGGUACUGCUGUGCCCAGUCCUGAUUUGAUCUCUACAAAGCCAGUUUUAUUAGCAAUAGACAAAAAGCUAUAAAAAUCAUGGGUCUGUUAAGUGUAAAUUACAAGAAAAGAGGGAAAGUAGAAUAUUUCCUGUUAAGAACAUUGUAGCUACUUUUUCAUAUCCACGUAUGUGUGAUCAUUUUACGAAAAAUAUACGCAUAACAUUUAUAUUCUUUAUUCGUGAAUCACCGUAAUAAUUAUUAUAAAAUUCAUAAUAUUUUUUCAGAUAAAAUAUUAAAAAUAUUUUUAAGAAAUCUAUUUUACUUAUAUCAAAAUUUAUGUCACUCAUUUAAUUAUUCUAAAACUUCCCUUUUCUUAUAAACAUUCCACGCUAGUCACCAUAGCUAAUCAUUCUCAGUGACUAUUUUAUCCACUGUUUUUUCUAUUAAAUGCUUUCAGCUGUGUAUGUUUGGAUCGUUAGACGUUUCAAGUGUUAUUGCAAGAUGGUAUUUGAGUUUUCAUGAGCGUAAUAGUCAAUAAUACGUUUUAAUAUAAAGACAUUUAAUCAUGAAAACAUUCCUAAUCUGCUAGUCAUGUUCUCUGGUUGAACCGGAAUUUAACCCCUUAGAGAGAUAUGGUUAUACUUGUAUGUUGCUAUUUGUUGCACCAGAGAAAUGAAUAUUUGUACAGAAAGGUCAAAAAUGUAUUUAAUGUUAGCAAUAAAAUAUUAUUUGAAC